AUGGCCCAUCAAGCACACGCAUAUCACAUAGUUGACCCCAGCCCAUGACCCCUAACAGGCGCCGUAGCCGCCCUCCUAAUAACCUCUGGUUUAGCAAUCUGAAUGCACUUCCACAAUACAACCUUAAUAACUCUAGGCCUAAUUCUCCUUCUCCUAACAAUGUACCAAUGAUGACGAGAUAUCAUCCGAGAAGGAACAUUUCAAGGACACCACACUCCUCCUGUCCAAAAAGGCCUUCGAUACGGUAUAAUUCUCUUUAUUACUUCGGAAGUUUUCUUUUUUCUAGGCUUCUUCUGAGCCUUUUACCACUCUAGCCUCGCCCCCACCCCUGAACUGGGAGGCUGCUGACCCCCUACAGGAAUCACCCCCCUUGACCCCUUCGAAGUACCACUACUCAACACAGCCGUCCUACUAGCUUCUGGAGUUACAGUUACUUGAGCACACCAUAGCAUUAUAGAGGGACAUCGAAAAGAAGCUAUUCAAUCCCUUGCCCUAACCAUUCUUUUAGGCUUUUACUUCACCUUCCUCCAAGCCAUGGAAUACUACGAAGCCCCCUUCACAAUCGCAGACGGAGUUUAUGGCUCCACCUUUUUCGUAGCAACUGGCUUCCAUGGACUUCACGUAAUUAUUGGCUCUACUUUCCUGGCCGUCUGCCUUCUACGGCAAGUUCAAUACCACUUUACAUCAGAACACCACUUCGGAUUCGAAGCAGCUGCCUGAUACUGACACUUUGUAGACGUUGUCUGAUUAUUCCUCUACAUCUCAAUUUACUGAUGAGGCUCAU